AUGGAAAAAGAGCAACAUCGGUCGGUGAUACGAUUCUUGUUUUUGGAAGGGAAAUCGCGCAGCGAAAUCAAAGAGCGCUUGGAUGCUGUAUACGGGGACCCUUCUCCUUCGAUGGCGACCGUCAAAAAUUGGUUUAACGAGUUUCAACGUGGUCGCGAGAUAGCUGAAACAGUAUGCAUCUCAAAAGCCCGCGUGGGUCAUACCCUGCAUAAAAUUUUGGGCAUGAGAAAGUUGUCGGCGCGAUGGGUGCCACAUUUGCUCACUCCGGACAACAAGCGCAUCCGUGAGACCACUUCAGAGCAUCGUUUGACGCUGUUUAAGCGCAAUCCGAAGGAGUUUCUGCGUCGUUGCGUGACCGUCGACGAAACAUGGAUCCACUGGUACACAUCAGAGACCAAGGAACGGUUGAAACCGUGGACUUCACCCGGCGAACGUGCUCCGAAGAAGGCGAAGAAUGUCCUAUCGGCCGGAAAAGUGAUGGCUACCGUUUUCUGGUAUUAA